GCAAGUGGCAGCAUAAGGUCGUUUCCUCCUUUGUACCUUUUCACGUGUUACCGGAACAUCCGACUGCUGAGAUAAACAUUCUCUCAUUCAGGCUGCGCAGAUGAUGCAAGAUACUCUGGUGCGAGUGUUUGUGGUGGCUGCUGGUCUUCUGUUGUGUCCCCGGGAUAAUCCUGGGGUUGAGGAAUGGGACGACGCCGUCGACCAGGAUUUGCAAAAGCAUGAACAGAUGCUGCUGGAAGGGGAAGGGAAACUAGUCCAACCAUCAGCACCUGUCAGUGACAAAAUAAAAGAACUUCAAGGUGACAUAAAUAACAAUCCAGAGCAACAGAAUCAGUCCAAUCAACAUGACAAAGAUGAACCAUUGGACACAGAUGCGGCUGUUGCUGAAAGAGGAACUUUUGAUCCCAAAUUACCAGUGGGACACAUGACAAGUAAAUCCACUACCGUGAAUCUGACUGAAAAUCUUGUCAAUCAGGAGGGAGAAGAUUUUAGAAGUGGCAGCUCAGAACAAGAUGGCCUGCAGGGACAUUAUGAGACGUCAGAAGGAGCAACGAUCCAUCCAAAAGAUCGAGACUCACCUGCCUCAUAUGCCUACAGCAAGACAGAAAACGAAACCUCAGAUGGAGGUAUUGCAGAAUGGGAGAGGGAUUAUCUCUGGUACAUCUGGAACACAUUCUCCAUCAUUUCCAUAAUGCGCUUCUUCAGGAAAUACCUGAAGAGAAAUCUCCAAACAGAUCAGGAGGAGACCAGGAUCCCCCCCCGCAGAUCUCCUAAAGUGUCGCUACCUGACGUUGAAACGCUGCAGAGCUUUUAUGCUCAAUGUGUUCAGGCCUCUGCUGAGAAAAUGUUGAGGGAGAAGGGUUUUUUGGAAGGAUUUGCAAAUGACCUCUUGGAGGCCAUGAGGACGGUUUGUGAAAACAACAGCAGCAUGUUGAUUGAGGACUUUCAGAUGGUGAAAGAGCGUCACAUCAUCGUUCAUUUUGCUCCAUGCAAACCAUACAGUGUCCACUGCCUGCUCAGGAACAACCCGGUGAGUGAUCCGCUGCUGGACAUUCAAGUCUGCGGUCAGAUAAAACUGCUGAAAGAAGAGAAAGUCCCGAAUGGCUGCCCCUGCCAGUCCGUCGAUGCAGACGACAUGGUUUGCCUGGUGCAUCCUGAGAGCGACAAAGCAAAAACAAAAGUGGCUGAUGCUUUCAAUGGACCGCUGUGCAGCAAGAACACUCCUUUUCUGUCAAAAUCGAAGAUCACCCGGUGGUUUCAGAACACAGUCAAACAAGCCUGGACACAGAUCUCGCAUAAAUACGAGUUUGAGCUCAGCAUCGGCUACGUUGCAACUCCAGGCGCUCUGGUGGUUCGCUUCAAGUCAGGGAAGAAGAUCAACUUCAGCUUGAAGCCGGUGGUUAAGUUCAACACAGAAGCUCAUUUCUGCAUCACACCCUGGACCUCCAGUGACGUGGACACUUUCUGGGCACUGUCGCUCUCCGUCUAUGAAGACCGCCUCCUGGAACAUCUCUCCAAACGCCUCCCUGCGAACUCCUGUCAUGAUCAAGUUCUCGAAAUUGCCUUCUUCCUUCACAGGAGACAGGAAGCGCUGACAGGGAAGACUGCACUAAAGGACAUCCACAUCAAAAUGGCAUUGAUGCACCUUCUGCUGGCCAAAAAAACAUCGCAGUGGCAACCAAACUCUGCGACCUCUAGGCUACAAGACCUGCUGAGCUUUGUGGAGGAAAGUCUUAAGAGGAAGCACCUGACCCACAUUCUCGUUGGCAACCCCUUGGCUGAGGUCACUGGACUACCUCAAGAAAUCUGCAAAGCAAAACCAGUGAACCUGUUUCAUGUCUUUGUGGAAGAUUACUGUGCAUAUAAGAAUGCCGUCAUGCAUUUCCAGGAGAUGUUUCAAAAUGCCCACAUGUUGAUACAUGAAUAUGUUGCUCAACCUCAGGCUGGCACAAAAUCCUUUGCUUAAAACUGUGUACAGUUAGACAGACUUUUUAUUUUUUCAAAUAAUUGUAUAAAUGCAGGUGCAUCUUAAUUACAGAAUAACAAGAAGGGAGCCUAAUCAAAAGGAACUUUGGACUUGAUGGUGCUUGAUAGUCCUGCACCUGCAGACACAGGUUUCUGUUGUCCCCGUUUUUUUGUAUGGUGACUUUAUUUUCUUCCUCUCAACUCCUCAUUUACAUGCUUUCUUACAGGACUCUGAACAAUGAGGUUCUUUAGCCGUUACUUUUUGUGGCUUACUGGCCUUGGGGAGAGUCCAGUCAUCUGUCUGCUGAAUUACUGUCAACUCAGUCUUCCUUGUGAUUGAGCAACAUUUCACAAUUGGAACGUUUAAUGCAUUAGGUAAUUUCCUGACCAACUGAAUUUUGCAUUUCCUGCUUCUGUAAGCCUUCAUCCUAUAAAUUAACAAAGGAUAAAGACCUUGAAAUACAUCAGUCUCAUCCACAUUUGAACCAAAUUGUUAAAAUAAAAAAGUUUUGUUGGUGAUCUAAUCUAUUUAGA